CGGCGCGGCCGGCGGAAGCGGCGGCCCGCCAUGGGGCGGCCGUGGGGCCGGUGGCUGCUGCCGCUCGGGCUUCUGCAGCUGCUGGGCGGCCCCGCGGCCGCUGCGUGCCCCUGCCGGGACCCACGGCUCUGCCGCCCUGUCACGGGCACCGGCGGCUUCGAGGUCUUCGUGUUUGAUGUAGGAAAGGAAACCUGGAAAUCCUACAACUGGUCAAAAAUUACAACGGUGGCAGCUUUCGGAAAGUACGAUCCUGAGCUCAUGUGUCAUGCUCAUUCUAAAGGCUCCCAGAUAGUGCUGAAAGGUGAUGUACCUCUUAAGGAAAUUGUUGAUCCUGCUAAAAGAGCAGCAUGGAUAUCCCAACAGGUGGACCUUGCAAAAAAACAGUAUAUGGAUGGAAUUAACCUAGAUAUAGAGCAAGAAGUUAAUGAAACCUCCCCUGAGUAUUAUGCAUUAACAGAACUUGUUAAAGAAACUACAGAUGCUUUUCACAGAGAAAUACCAGGAUCACAGGUAACAUUUGAUGUGGCUUGGUCUCCAGCAUGCAUAGAUAAAAGGUGCUACAAUUACACUGGGAUUGCAGAUGCUUGUGACUUCUUAUUUGUGAUGUCAUAUGAUGAACAGAGCCAGAUCUGGACAGACUGUAUUGCAAAAGCCAAUGCUCCUUACCUGCAGACUUUAGUUGGCUAUGAAGAGUACAUUGCUAUGGGCAUUGAUCCUAAGAAGCUUGUGAUGGGCGUCCCUUGGUAUGGCUAUGACUAUGUCUGCCAAAACCUAUCUAAGGAUCAUAUUUGUUCCCUUUCCAAAGUACCUUUCCGUGGGGCUCCUUGCAGUGAUGCUGCAGGGAAUCAGAUCCCCUACAGAGCCAUCAUGAAGCAGGUGAACAGUUCUCUUUCAGGAGUGCUGUGGGAUGAGGUACAGAAGUCUCCAUUUUAUGAAUACAAAGAUUCUCUUGGUCACUUCCACCAAGUAUGGUAUGAUGACCCUCGCAGCAUCUCUCUAAAAGCAGCGUAUGUGAAGAAUCGAGGCUUAAGGGGCAUUGGCAUGUGGAAUGGAAAUAGUCUUGACUAUUCCAGGGAAGCUCUGGCAGAGCAACAAACUGAAGCAAUGUGGCAAGCCCUGACACCGUUGAUAUUUUCCAAGAGCUAGUUGCCUGCCUUUGUUUCUGAAGACACAAUUCUGAAAUACAGGAUCUAGGAUUCAAUCCUGAAUUGAGCAAAAGUGGUUGUAGCUUUAAUAAUUUUUUUGUUUCUUAAAUCCUGUCUUUAAGAAAAUAAAUUGGAUAAUGGGUAGACUCAAGACAUUUGGAAGUUAGUCCUUUUGAGAGUUGCGUAGUUUUCUUAUUGUAGUACUGACUUCCUAUGUGUGUUUCAUAUCCAGUAAUAAAUACAGCCUUAGCUUUUUAGCUGACAUUAAUUCCUAGCAUGUUAUUGUUCCGUUUAAUGUAGUAACAUCUGGUACUGCAAAGAGGCAAACAGUAAAGCUAGAAAAAAAUUGCUAUCAAGAAGAGGUUUCCAAUUACUCUUUCAGAGAAUUGUCAUCUAAGCACAUGCGUGAGCUUGAAUUUAAAGAAAAACAGAGUAUGCAAUAAUGUAAGUAGGACCAGGAUCAUCACUAUGGCUUGUCCAGGACAAAGCUUUCCUCUUCCACUAACUACAGAAGAACAUUAAUGUCCAUGUGGCUUUCCUAAUAAGAGAGGGAACAAAAAUGGCUAGAUAUGAAAUAAGGUGAGAUAGUAUCUGAGAUUUUAUUCAUACUUCAUAAUAAUAUGGUAAUAAUACAUUGGUAAUUUCUAGAUAGGCAUUCUUCUAAUGACAAAAAUAUACUUCAAUAAAUAGCUAAAUAAAAGAUUACUGUUGUUGUAGUUGUAUUUUAAUCACUUACCAAAAAUUCAAUGUGCGUGCCUGAAAAUAAGAACAGGGGGUUACAGAUUAUAGGUUUAUUUGCUUAGUAAGUAUUUUGUUAGUGAAAGAACAUCAGCAUACCACUGUGAUGUUACACAGUUAACUAACUUGCACUUAUUUUAAAAUAACUUAGAUUUGUUUUAGACAGGUUACUAGG